CUUUAUACCAACGCUGCUUUAUAAUUCCGAAGGUAGAAGAUGAGAAACAUCAUCACAUCAUACCGAAUCACGUCUUUGAUUGUCGCUCUGCUCUUAUUCUGUUGUUUGCCUAUCUUCACAGUCUCGCAGAUCUCAGAUGGUAGUGCGGAAAAGCAAGAGACGAACGCUAUAACYGGGACUGGAGAAGAUGUACCAUCWAUUACCAACGUUGCUCGGAACGCGAUAGCUGUUUCUGACAGCAUGAACAUGCUCCAUAAUGACGAUUACGACGAUGAUAAUUAUUUUCUCUUGAUCAACUCUUUUGCAACCCCAGAACCUACAAAUGUAACUCUCUUAUCUGAUAUAGAAGAUAUUGACGAAUACUUACCUGAACAAGAGUUGAUUGUGGACGAUUCCAGCUCCCUACCUUCAACCUUGAGCCAUGGGGAGGUUGGCGCUACAAUUCCAGACAACGAACCGGUAAAGAACGAUGGGAAGUCUUUUGUAGGAGCUACAAAAAAUGAUACAAAGGAGUCAGUUCAAGGCAAUGCUCUUUCUCAGGAAGCUAUCAUCGGUAUCUCUGUCGGAGGUUCURUCCUCCUGAUUGCAAUUGCAUUUAUAAUGUGUUGUUUUUGUUUCGUAAAAAAACGAAGAGUUGAAGAAGGCAACRAUGUCAAAUCAACGAAAGAAAUUCGAAGUCUUGAUCAGUCAAAAAACGAAAAUAACSACCCAUCAGAUGACGUGGAAUCGACCGAUCUAGCUAGCACAGACGACGUUGAAUCGCAAGCGAUGUAUUCUUACAAUCAAUCUUAUGGCGAUUCAGGAUCUGUGUAUACAAAUGGAAGCCAUAUCAAAAUUCAUUUAAUCAACUCCUAUAACACGUCCGGAAAUGACAGUGCAUCUUAUGCGUACAGUCUAGAACCCGGAAUAGAAGCMAGCGUCGUGGGUAGUUUGAGUGCAAAUAACGCAGGUGGGAUCUCCAAACAUAGUGGGAAAAUGCCGAUUCGUGAAAUUCCACAAGUUAGUAUGGCGGCUAGCGAAGGCAGGGAAAAUCACUCCAACAAUAAUAGUGAAAGACAAAAACAAAAUACGAUUCCCGAUCAUUUCGGAAACACUUUUAUUGAAUCAGCUCCUAGCGAUUUGAAGUUAACUGCGUCAGAACUACAAAUGUUACCAUCGAAUUUGAGAAGCAGUGAUGACGAGGACGAAAGCGACAGACAUGAAGGCAACCAAAAAGUCACAAGAAAGGUGCUAGCGCCUGCAGGCAAGCUUGGACUCGUAAUAGAUACGACAGUAGAAGGUCCAAUUGUAUUCAAGGUCAACGAGGGAAGUGAGCUCUCUGGUAAAGUUUUCCCUGGCGACAUAAUCAUUGCCAUCGACGAAGUGGACACGCGUGCCAUGUCGGCUUCUGCCAUUACAGCYGUUAUGGUCAGAACUGCAAAACAAAAGAGAACACUGACAAUACUUGGGGUGGAUUUCAUGUCGUAAAUUCAUUUACACAAAAAGACUAGAAAAGCACAAUUCAUUUGUUUCGGGGAUGGUGGACAAACUCAUACAUAUAUAUCCGAUUGGCCAGAGUAAAUUCAAUAGCUUGUA